AUCAAGUCGAAGUCGAACCGGACUGUAACCUCCGUCGGAUGACUUGCGAUCGUCGUUCGUUUCCUCCGGAGAUGUAACACUCUUAAUGACUUAGCAGAUCGGACUCCGUCUCCGUCGUCCUCGACUUCCUCCGCGAAUGUGACUCUCGAGCUCUUCUUGGCCAUAUAAGAUGCAACGUCUUUCCUCCGACAAGAAGUUUGUACCCAAGCUUGUGAACUCAAACAACUGAAAGCAAUGUUGUUCUUCGUGGUAUCAUUCCUCGCUAUCAUCGCAUAUCUGUAUAUGAAGCAGUCAUCCAAGAAGCAACAGCCGCUACCACCGGGACCGCCAGGACUACCCUUCAUCGGUAAUGCUUUGUAUCUGAGGAAGAACGUGGGCCGUGAACGCCAAAUGCACAAAGAACUUAGGGCGAAGUAUGGCGACAUGGUUUAUCUCAAGGCGGGACCUAGCACCAAUAUGUUGCUGGUCUUCGACGAACGUAUUGCGCAGGAUUUAUUCGUCAAGCGAGGAGCGAUCUACUCAUCAAGACCCGAUAUGAAGGUUUUGAAGCACCUGGAUCCCCAUGGCAUAGCUAUAUUGCCAUAUGGCAAAGAAUGGAAGACCACUCGAAAGCUUUUCCAUGGCGUCCUGGGCACUCACCAGGCUGAUCGGUUCCGUCCUCAUCAAGAUUACGAGAGUGUUCGUUAUUCAGCCAACAUGCUGCAUGAACCUGAAAAGUUCGUUGAAUGGUCGAAACUGUUCACCAUGUCCAGCAUCACCUCGAUCCUUUUGGGGUUGAGGAUGCCUUCGCUUCACACGCCCAUUGCAGAGGCAAUUCACCUGGUUGAUCAGAUUCUCAUCGAUGCCUUCAUUCCUGGCCGUUACCUCGUGGAUUUCUUUCCAUUCCUCGACGCCUUACCUGACAUCAUCUCGCCGUGGAGGCGCGGAGCAAACGCUGGGUUUAGGCAGAUAAUGUCGCUCUACCUUCCUCUAUGGCAUGAAGCUCAGGAGAGGAUCAAGAAUGGCACGAUGGCGUUUCCCACUUGUUCAGAGUACCUAGUCGACGUGCAGAAGAAAGACCCGGAGUUCUGGACAGAUGAGCGUAUCGCAAGUGGAGCUAUUCAAGACUUGAUCUUCGCUGCUUCUGACACGUCUUCCUCCUAUGUACGCUUGUUCGAGGUCAUGGCCGGAACGUUCCCGGAUAAGGUCAAGAAAGCUCAAGAAGAACUUGACGCUGUUAUUGGCCCCAAUCGCUUGCCAACCUGGGAGGAUGAGCCUAACCUGCCUUACGUCAGAGCAUUCAUCAAGGAGGUUCACAGAUACUACACUUUCGCACCUUUCGCCGUUCCUCAUGCCGCGAUGAAAGACGACGUGCACACUGGUCAUCGUGUCACUCACAUCAUGCACCACAAUCCCGAGCACUACCCGGAACCCGAGUCUUUCUCUCCUGAACGCUUCCUCGACCAUAACCUCGGUGCUGCGGCAUCUGCGGCACUCACGGACACGAGGAAACGCGAUCACUUUGCUUUCGGCUUUGGCAGGAGGAUUUGCCCUGGGAUACACGUUGCCGAGAAUGGCACGUACAUACAAGUUUCGCGGCUUCUGUGGGGAUUCAACUUCGGUGAGCUGUUUAUAGCUGGGACAAAGCAGAGAGCCCGUGUGGAAGAUGUUUGUCGUGUCCAAUUGAUCGAUGGCGUUGACUAUGAAAUCGACAUCAAACCUCGCAAUCCUAGGGUCGUAGAGGUCAUUGAACGCGAAUGGAACUCCAAGAAUCUGGAGGUGGAGUCAAAUUAGUGCUUUGGUACGAUAGAUAGGAGAGGAAUAUCCUGUAUUAACGGUCGCUAUACCAAUUACCAAUGCUGAGUAU